AAUUAUUGUGGCAUGAGCAGAGUUAUCAGUUGAACUAGCUAGCUACAUCCUGUCCAUCUAAGAUUCUAGAUAUUCUGAGGGGCAAACCAGCCAUGCCACAAGCGCUCUUCCUCCUCCUGGUUAUGUCAUGUGCCGCUCUCCUCGGCGAGGGUGUGUCGGGCUCCGGCGACUCAGCGUCAACAGCACCGGCCAUGUUACCUGUGCCGCCGCCGAACUGUCCUAGUAAUUGCGGAAAGGUAGACAUCCCUUACCCUUUCGGCAUCGGCGCCUCUGAGUGUUUUAGGGCACCCACCUUCGAGCUGACAUGCGACGAGACGACGAACCCCCCGGGAUUAUACUCGGGUGACCUCUUGGUCGCCAACAUAUCGAUGGAAACGGCAGAGAUAACAGUGUACUACCGCGGCCUCACCUCCACGUGCAACGAUCCGGACAACCGGACGGCGCCGCCCUCGAACGUGGGCGUACGAUUAAGGUCGGGCACCGCUUUCCUGAUCUCAACGGCGGGCAACACGUUCACGGCCGUCGGGUGCGGCGCGGAGGCGAGGAUCAAUGGCAACUACGGCACCUACCGCACCGGCUGCAUGACCUACUGCGCCCGUGCGAGUGAAAGCGCGGGCGACGGCACGCCGUGCAGAGGCAACGGAUGCUGCGAGGCAUCUCUUACGGCUGACCUCAAAGAAUUUUCCGUGAAGUGGGUGGACGACUUCAAAAGUCCAGCUUUCAACCCGUGCCAAUACGCCUUUGUGGCCAAGAACGGCUGGUACAGUUUCAACAAAUCAGACCUUACUGGGAACAUGACAUUCAGUGAAAGAUACAAACAAGGCACAGUUCCAAUUGUUUUUGACUGGGCUAUUAGGGAUGGGACGUGCACCCCACCAUCAGAUGGCAGUGACGAGGCAAAACCGGUUGUUCCUUCCGCCUGUAUUAGCAAGCACAGCUCUUGUGCUAAUGCCAGAAAUGGUCCGGGUUAUUUUUGCAUCUGCGACGAGGGAUACGCCGGCAAUCCCUACACCAAAGAUGGAUGCACAAAUAUUAACGAAUGUGAUCAUUUGAUAUCACCAAAUUCGACAUUCCGCAAGAAGUCAUAUCCUUGUCAUGGAGGAACAUGCCAAGAUGUGGAAGGUGGUUAUAACUGUAAAUGUAGCUUCGGACGAACAGGAGACGGUAAAAGUGACAAAGGUUGUGAGGCCAUAGUGUCCCUGGCUGCAAUAGCAGCAAUAGGAACAAUCAGUGGCAUCUCAUUGUUAGCGGUACUGCUGCUAUUCUUGCACAUGGAUCGUCAGAGAAGAAAACUCAGAGAUCAUUUCAACAGGAACGGUGGACAACUUCUGAAAAGUAUCAAGAUUGAAAUUUUCACGAAGGAGAAACUAGACCAGAUAACAAAGAACUACAGUCACAUUAUUGGAAGAGGUAAUUUUGGUAAGGUUUACAAGGGAACUACUAGUGAUAACGUGCAAGUCGCGGUCAAACGCUCCAUUGCCAUCAACGAGGACCGUCGAAAGGACUUGUUUGCGAAUGAGAUCACAAUCCAAUCCCAAGUUAGUCACAAGAAUUUAGUGCAACUAUUGGGAUGUUGUUUGGAGAGCGAAGUUCCGAUGUUGGUUUACGAGUUCAUUCCCAGAGGGAGCCUUUACGACGUGCUUCAUGGUAAAGAUGGAACAGGAAGAACACACCCUCUUCCGCUUGGAGCACGUUUGGACAUUGCUAUCUACUCUGCAGAUGGCCUUGCUUAUAUGCAUUCAGAGGCUAGCCAUAAGAUCCUCCAUGGUGAUGUGAAAACUGGCAACAUAUUACUCGAUGAUGAAUUUGUGCCAAAGGUCUCGGACUUCGGGACAUGCAGGCUCAUGUCCAUUGGGAAAGAACACACCAACUUUGUGAUAGGGGAUAGUAGCUACAUAGAUCCUGUGUACAUGAAGACCGGCCUUCUCACGGAGAAGAGCGAUGUUUAUAGCUUCGGAAUUGUUCUUCUGGAGCUCAUCACUGGGAAGAUGGCAAGGUAUGAUAAGAACAAUAGCCUUCCAUUAAACUAUAUUAAGGCUUUCAAAGAUGGGACUACAAAACAGAUGUUGGACACAGAUAUUGCGUCCACUGAUGAAGACAUAAACUGCCUUGAGAUGGUUGGUCGGGUUGCUGUUAAAUGUCUUGAAGUUGACGUGAAUGAUAGGCCCACCAUGGCCCAAGUUAUGCAAGAACUUAAAAUGCAAAAAAUUCAGUGGUUGCACAGCCAUGAUAAGAUUGGGGAUGCUGAGAUAUGUACUACCUCCGUUUCAGUAUACAACUCUCAUCUCCAAAAUCCUGAAAUUUCAGUAUACAAGGCCCUUCUCUCCUCCCACCCACUCUCAUCUUAAAUCAUCCAGUGCAUGUUCUACAAAGUUUUUGACUAGCAAUAGCAACGCAUGAAAAGGGUAAUUGAUACAUGAUGUUUAAUGCUUUGUCCAACUCUUUAUUAGGCUCUCUUUGGUUACUGUGAUUUUGAAGAUGAGCCUUGUUACCGAACAGAGAACUUAAUAUGUCCUCUAUGUGUCCCCUAGCUACACCCUGUUGUGAAGUUGUCGAACUGUUUACCAAGGUUUCUGUACUAAAAGUGUGUCAAUGCCUUUAAAUUGCGGCGUUGAAGCCAUUGUAUCAUGUUACUGAGAUAAAUGCGUAAACGUUCAACUGGAA